UCCAUCUGGAGACCUAAUGACAAGUUCUCAAAUGAAGGGGGAUGUUGACACUGAUCUCGGACCAUUUUCAGAUGACUGUCAAUCAAAUGUUGACCCUUGCCCCAAGGCUUCCAGCAAUCUGAUCUCUGAACAUGAGUUCGCUUGUCAUUGCUGUUACGACACUCUCGUCAACCCCACAACACUGAACUGUGGACACAGUUUUUGCCGACAUUGCCUUGCCCUCUGGUGGGAAUCCUCCAAGAAGAAUGAAUGUCCAGAAUGCAGAGAGAAGUGGGAGGGUUUUCCCAAAGUCAACAUUCUGUUGAGGGAUGCUGUUGAGAAGCUGUUCUCUGAUGUGGUGCAGAGGAGGCAAGAGGAGAUCCAGGCCAACCCCAAAAUAGCUCACAGUCUCCUUGCCUUCCAGAGGCAUGGGGAUGAGCAGGCCUCCCGAGGAACGACGCCAGUUGGCCAGCGCCGAGGAGGAGGAUUCUUUUCUGGAGUUCUCACUGCGCUCAACUGUGUGGCAGUUAUGCUGCUGGUGUAUCACUGGAGCAGCCGGGAAGCAGAGCAUGAUCUUCUAGUUCAUAAACCUGUAACAAAAUGGACUUCAGAUGAGGUCAUCAUUUGGCUGGAGAACCUAGGACCCUGGGCCUCUCUUUAUAAGGAACACUUCUUAAGAGAGAAAGUCAAUGGAAGACUUUUGAUCAUGUUGGGAGAUGAAGAGCUCUCUAGACAUCCAUACAGCAUUGAGAACCACACUCACCGGAAGGCUGUGCUGGCAGAGCUGGAGCGUGUGAAGGCCCUGGGAGUAAAACCACCUCAAAAUCUUUGGGAAUAUAAGGCAGUGAAUGCAGGCAAAUCUCUGUUCCUGUUAUACGCCCUGAAGAGCUCUCCACGCCUUACCAUUCUGUACCUCUACCUGUUUGAUUACACUGACUCAUUCCUGCCUUUCAUGCACACUUGCUGUCCUGUGCAGAGGACAGAGCAAGAGGAAGAUGACAUUCUGACCAAAGCUCAACCCACUAACCCUAGCUGGAAGCAGUGGACGGAGUUCCUGGUGAAAUACGUGCUCUUGCCAUAUCAGCUGAUUGCUGAGUUUGCCUGGGACUGGCUGGCUGUUCACUACUGGACAUCCCGUUUCAUCAUCGUCAAUGCCAUGCUUCUGUCGGUGCUGGAGGGCUGUACACUCUGGAGGCUGUGGGCCCGAUCAGAGCUCAGGACCCUUCCUCAGAGGAUGUGGAGCCAUUUUUGGAAAGUGUCAACACAAGGUUUUGCCGUUGUCAUCUUCUGGCCAGUGAUUCCUCAGUUUGUCUGCAACUGCUUGUUUUACUGGGCCUUAUACUUCAACCCAAUCAUAAACAUUGACCUUGUGGUUCAGCAAGUGCUUCGUCCAGAAACUCAAGUGCCAUAAUAGGACUGUAAAUCUCAGAGGUGUUGUGGUAAGGUUGUAAGAAGAGCAACACAAUGUGAAAUCUUCAUCAAUAUCCAAAACUUAUACUUGAUAUUUCUACCUGUGCCACAUUAGCAGAGAACAACAAAUAACAGGUUUUCAUUAACUAGCUUCAACAUGUGACAUACAAUGGCAGCUUUUAAAAUUAAUAUUUAAAAGAAAAAUUGAUUUUGUUGCUCCUUGUAACCUUAUAAAAUCAGAGUUGUUGGGUGGCCACUAAGACUGUAAACUCUUGCUGGAAACGUUUACUAGCACCUAGGACAAGUAAGACUACUGUUUGAACUCUUGGUUUGGAUUUCUUUUGUGAACAAUAGUCAUUAUUUUAAGGGAAGGCAUAUUAUACAUUAUGAGGGUACAGAUUUGCCUGCAGUGCUUAAAAUAAGUGUUAGAAUGACUUUGAACACCAGUUUUCUUAGUCUGUGUGCAAAACUAACUGCAAUAAGUAACAAAAGGGUGAUGGCUCAUCAUUGUGUUCCAUGCAAUCUUCCAUGCAAUAUCUUCUGUUGUUUUUUUAGAGAACCAUAAAAUAUGUGGGCUUUUAAAUGUUUUCUUUCC